CAUCGCGAGCGCCGCACGAGCCUGUGUGCACGCGUAUGCUAUGACAGUUCUGAAAUACGCGCGUGUUUAGUGUUUGUACCAUGGUGACGGGUAUCGGCAGCCCUCAACAAGGGGUGUCCAACCCCGCAACCAGCCAAGUGAUGCAGGAGCAAAAGAAGACGAGCGAUAAUAGAAGGAGCAACAAACCUAUAAUGGAAAAACGGCGGCGAGCACGCAUCAACAACUGUUUGAACGAACUGAAGGCUCUUAUCCUUGACGCUAUGAAAAAAGACCCGGCACGUCAUUCGAAAUUAGAAAAAGCAGAUAUAUUAGAAAUGACUGUAAAACACUUAGAAGGCCUACGAUCUGAAGGCGCUGGAUCUCCAGAUAGGUUCAAAGCUGGAUAUAGGCAUUGUUUGGCAGAAGUUACUAAGUUUUCUGGACUAGAGACAGGAUUGAAAAGACGUCUAGUACGGCACCUGGAGGGAUGCGUCAGUUCACCUGGUGCACGACCAUUUGCUGCACCAACUCCACCCUCAGAUACUGAAGACACCGUCUCACCUUCCCAACAUUCCACCAUUUUUAUUUCAGCUGGACCUGGGUCUGGAGUACGUCUCGUCCCAACAAGACUGUCAAAUGGAGACAUCGCACUGCUCCUACCAGCUGGCGUAAGUGCUAGUACGCUAGGCACCGUACCAACGCUUGUACCUCUUUCGCCAAGAGAUGUCUCUUCAACAUCGUCGGAGCCCAGGUGCUUUUCCCCAGCCAGUUCAGGGUGGGAAACCCCUCCUCCUCCAACAGAAGAACCUGCCCCAUUAGCUUUAGUAACAAGAAGACAAUCCCCAGAAGAAAAACCUUGGCGACCUUGGUGACAAUUCAUUCCCCUACUUUUUUAAACUGUGAUCUGUGAUAUUUACUUGUAAUUGUAUAAUAUUAUGCCCGAGUGAUAGAUUUUAAAAGUUCCUAUAAAUAAAACCUGUAUAUAACAUUAAUACUAUAUUAUUACUUUAAAAUAAAAAUGAUUUGCUUGGUCAGUAUAACUUGUGUGAUAAUAAAUAACACAUUAUAGGUGAUUGUGAAUAAAUUAAGCAGUAGUUACUUUUCUAGUGUUAGUCUUCCCUAGGAAUAAGUUAGGUUAGAUAAGGUUGUACAUUUUUUGAUGACAUCUAAGGCAGUAUUUCAUGAAAAGGGACGAUUGUCCAAUAUAUUAACAGAAAUAAAUAUAUUUUAUAUUAUUCAUUAUAAUCGCACUCAUGUAGGUACUUAGUACCAUCUAAUUUUAAAAUAUGUUCAAGCAUCCCCAUAGUUGUAAUAAAGUUUAUUUUAAUGUGUAGAAUUCAGCUUCAUUAUUAACAUUUCCGUUAAAAAUGUAUAAGUACUUACCUUAGCAGUUUUACAACACAUAUUAAUCGUCUGAGUAUUAUUAUUUAAUUUCGGUAUUUAUUCUAAUGUAGUAUUUAAUUUACCAAACUUGCCAAAAAGUGCAAAUAAUAAUUUUAUUUUCCUUCUGCAAAUUGCUGUUUGCGUACAUUUAUAAUCUGACGACAAAUUAGAGUGUGUUAAUCUAAUUACAUAUUAGUUUAAUUAAUAUAAGGAUAACAAUAUAGAAUUCUGCGUGCCUUAUACAACAAAAUCGUAUAGUCUUCCAAUUCAUAAAUAAGUUGGCUUACGUGAGAUGUAAUCCAGUUAUAUAACUUGUUACUGCUUAAAAUGAAGAUAUAAUUUAAUAAAAAUGUAUAUAUAAACUUAAUACAUGUGUUACCAUAAUAAAAUAUUAAUAAUGUCUUCCUUUGCCAGUUACCGAUUUAUGGACAGUAAAACCGUAGUACUUCCUUAUUCAAAAUACAUUAUUAUCAUAUUUACCAAUAAGUUCGUAUAAUAUUUCUAAAUGUUGUUUUUGCAAAUAAACUGAGCCCCUAAAUCUAAUUUUCGUAUUAACAGCUUCGACAACGGCUUUCCUAGAAAAAUAAUAUUCUAAAGGCGUCACAACAAAAGUAAAAAUAUUACGCUAACUCCGGUUAUAUGACGUUGAUAAUUUAUUUGUAAUGUUACACCACUGACGUAAUAAGAUACGUCAGUGGUGACGUAUCUUAUUACGUCAGUGGUGUAAAAUUUAACAUCCAGUGUUGUAAGACACUAACAACACUGGAUGUUAAAUUUGCUGGAUAUUAAAAAAAUAGGGUGUCGGAUUAUUCCAUUCUGCACCUGAUAUACUCACGAUAUAUUUACACUUUCUAAUUUGAAAAUAGAACACUAAUAUAAAAAUAAACCGACAGGAAAUUAAUUAAAUUUGUUAGUGAAUCUUUUUAUUGCAUGGGUAUAAAUAAUUUGUAUUUAAUAGAAACCCUUCUUCUUGACUAUAAAUGUAAAAUAAAAA